AAAGAAGGGGAGUUUAAGUAUAGCUCUCCCCAUCAAAUCUUGCAACAUGCUCUUUUCGUAAUAAAUAUUUUAAAUGCCGAUUCGGCCGGAAUUACUGCAAUGCUUCGCCAUUGGUGCCCUGAGCAGCUGAAUGCAAAACCAUUAGUUAAAUGGAAGGACCUCCUUUCCGGACAAUGGAAAGGUCCCGACCCAUUGUUAACCAGUGGUCGAGGAUAUGCUUGCAUUUUUCCACAGGACGCAGAUUCUCCAAUUUGGGUUCCAGACAGAUUGAUUCGCCAUGUCUCAGCCCCUCGGAUACCGGAUUCCCCAGCUGCCGCGACCCCGAAAAAGGAAGGGACCUCCUCUGCCUUCACUCCCCCCGCCAGCACGGGAAACGCCGCCGGCGUCGGGACAACUGACAUCGGAGAUCCCGGAUGAGCAAGGAACGGAUCCACCCACCAAGCAGAUGUCUCAACUUCAUAUACAGGAUAUUGCUCCUCCCGAUCCUUUGCCUCACAAAAGGGUGUCAGGCCGCCUGACUCGGGCGACCCGGAAUGCCUCCAUACCUACUUGGGGACAAAUAAAAACACUCUGCCACCAGGCACGGGGAAUAGCUUCCUUACAGGGAUCUCCAGCUUCUCCUGAGAAACUGUUUAUUGCCAUGCUUGCUUUGCUUUCCUGUCAGGAUUCUUCGGCAGAACAUUCAGAAGCUCGCGACUGAGCUGCAUCUGGCUGUUUUAAGAAAU